CGUUUGAUGUAAGCUGUAUGGGACCAGCCUUUCACUAUGAAUAUGACGCAUCUUGUAUUCCAGAUGAUAUGCUGAAUGAUUUAUUUUUUCACUGGAAUGAUUUUCAAAGUGGACAUAGAGUUGUUGGGAGUGCAUAUAACUCAAUUCAGCAUAACCGAAUACCCCUCCCAGCCCCUUGCACGCUCUUUUGGCUUAACAGCUUGUUUCGCAAUUUGUUUGCAAAGUACUUUUUCCGACAAUUAUGAUUACAUCAUAAUAGAGUUUUUUUUGAAUCCUAAAAACACAUAUGGUGAAGACCCAACUACCUUCUUGUGCCCAAUAUUAGAAACAAUGAAACAACAUUUCCCAAACUUUAAGCUUGCUUCUGGAGCCCUACAAAAUGGACAAGAGAUGAUGCAGCCACAUUCAUCAAAUCAACAGAUAAUACUUGCACUUGAUAUUGACAACCAAUGGAAUCUUGUUGAUGCGGAGCAAAAUAAUGUUCCUGUUACUCGUUCAGAUGAUGCACGCAUGAAUCAGGAACCUGUUUCGGAUGAGGGUCGCAUGAAUCAGGAAGUUGCUACUUUUCAAUGCCAAAGUACGACUUCUCCACUUGGGCUUGGAGUCUUACAUGAUGGACAAGAGACGUUGCAGCCGCAUUCAUUAAUUCAGCAACCAACAGAUGAAGUUGAAGUUGAUAUCAACAGUGGAAGGAAUGUUGAUGCAGAGCAAAAUAACACUCCUGGUUCUUCUUCAAAUGGUGAACAUCCAACAUUCAGUCACGAGGAACUCAAAAAAUAUUUCGAAAUGCCACGUAAAGUUGUUGCACAGAAGUUUAAAAUGAGCGAAUCUACAUUUAAGCGUAGAUUGAGAGAUAUUGGAAUCAAGCGCUGGGAAAAUGGUAGGGGGAAAAAAAAGUUUAAAAGCUCUACUUCUAGACAAAACCCUACAUGUUCUGAUGCUCACAUGACUCAACUUAUAAGACCACCACCAGAAGCAAAGACGAUGACUAUAAAGGCAACCUAUGGAGAUGAUAUGAUAAAGUUUGACUUAUCCUUUUCAUCAAGAAUAGUGGAGUUGAAUCAGGAAGUGUCCGAGAGGUUGAAAUUAAAUGUUGGAACGUAUAAGAUCAAAUAUUUAGAUGAUGCUGACGAUCAGAUUUUAAUAACCGGUGACAAAGACUUGCAGUAUUGUAUGACUGCUUUCAAUUCAUUGGGCAUGAAUACAAUCAAAAUGUUCAUUGAGCCCAUUACCAAUAUAUCUCCUUCAACCUGACUACUAAUGAAUAUAUGUUCCUAACUAUGUGUUGAUACCAAGUAAUUAAAUUUUUAUUCAGUAUGUAUUUAUGUAAUUUUUUUCUUUUCACCAAGGAAUAUAUAUCAGUAGUUUCUAUUGUCCUAA